GACAAAGUUUGUCAUGUACUUCUAAUUUCAUUCCGUGGUGAACUGGUGUCAUAUGUUUUCUCCUUCACUGCAUUUCAUCGAUGGAUUCCCUCCCGAACUCCUUAAAUUCCAGCAAACGCCUCAAAGAAGAAUUCGUGAGCAAUUUGACUGGAUCUUCCAUUCUCGAAGUCGCUGCGGUUCUAACAAAUGUUUCUAUUCUGAUUCUUCUGCGCCAUUCUAUUUCCUCCGAUCGCCUUAUUAAAGACAUAUCAUUGAAGAGAAGUGAUGAUGAAAAUCUUAGUUCUAAGGACUGGAGGGCUUACAUAACUACACUGGCCGCUGAUUUUCUUGUCAUUGUGCUCCCCACUAUCUUAUUUUUGACUGUUCUAUCUGAUUGGACAUAUAUAUGGACAAUUUCGAUGAUGACGCUACUGUUUUUUAUUUGGGCUGCCAAAGGAUCUUGUUCUCAUUCUCCUCCUUUUGAGCCAGGGGUUCAUUCUCUUAAGUCAAUGCUUUCAUCAUACAGAUUUUCUGUGAUGAUUGGAACGUGCUUAUGUAUCAUGGCUGUUGACUUCAGAAUAUUUCCUAGAAAGUAUGCUAAGACGGAGACUUACGGUACUAGUUUGAUGGAUCUCGGUGUUGGCUCUUUUGUACUGGUAAAUUCAUUAGUUUCACGACAAGCAAGGAGUGUCUCGUCUAUGAGUUGGAAGACUGCAUUUCAAUCUACUAGCCCAUUAAUCAUUCUAGGACUUGUUCGUCUUGUUUCUACUGCCAGUGUGGACUAUCAGGUUCAUGUGAGCGAAUAUGGUGUGCACUGGAAUUUCUUUUUUACACUGGCUGCUGUAUCCAUCCUUACAUCCAUCAUCAAUGUUCCCCCAUCAUAUUCUGGAAUUCUAGGUUCUUUAGUUCUAGUAGGGUACCAAAUUUGCUUGAUCUAUGGGUUGAAUUUGUAUCUGCUCUCUGACAAGAGAGGAACAAAUAUUAUCAGCCAAAACAAGGAGGGGAUUUUCAGCAUAUUUGGAUAUUGGGGAAUGUACCUUCUUGGAGUCCAGUUGGGUAACUAUCUAUUUUUUGGAAACCAUUCAUCUGCUAUGUUGAGAAGCAAUAAUUGGGCAAGGAUAAGAGUCUGGAUUCUUAUGCUUCUGUUUUGGACAACAACUGUGCUUCUUGACAGAUACGUUGAAGGAGUUUCCCGCAGAACGUGCAACCUACCGUAUGUUACUAUGGUAUUGGCUUUAAACCUACAGGUGCUUUCCGUACUAACACUUUCUGAUUACAUUCCUGGAAGUAAAACCUCUAUACUUGAACAAGCGUUUAACCGGAACUUACUCGGUUCCUUUCUUCUGGCUAACGUGCUCACUGGGCUUGUGAACUUGUCUGUGGAUACCCUGUCAGCAUCAUCAGUCGCAGCCCUUUUUAUUUUGGUUUUGUAUGCUUCCGUUUUAACAGUUGUCGUUGGGAUUGCAGAUUUUUGUUGCAUUAGGCUUAAGUUUUGGUGAGGCAACCAUCGUAGCAAUUUUUUUUUUCCAUUUUUAAUGACCAAAAUUGUAGAUCCCUGAGACUUUGAGGCAACUGAGCAAACGUUAAUACCUCUCACGGUGUGCCUAAAGGCAAUGGCUAUGGUCAUGAUGUUCAUUUUA